UUUUGGAGUCUUGGCCUAGAGGGUCGUCUUACGCGUCCUGCAGGUAAUGCCAAGUAGAUCACCAGCCACAGACAUAUGCUCAUCAUGACAAACAUGAUUCGGCGAUUCCGAUGCGAGGUGGCUCAGCUCCGGGGUCACUUGGUGCAUGUCCGAACGCCGAGCCACAGUAUGCCGAUGCAUCCGGCUGCCAAGUGACCGGAGUGCCGACACCCGCGCCGCAAACAUGUUGGUUCGGGGAACUGCGCCACCUUUGCCCAGAGUGAGAUCACAUCAGCCAAGAUCAAUAAACCUUGUUGGAGCUGAAUGGCUUGAUGACGACAGUGUCUACUUAAGUAGAGCUUGACCCCUCACUUUACAUCAUUCCCAGAGCUAGAAUUACAGUACAACUUUACGAAUACACAUAAACAACACAAACAACAUGUCAGCUCAAGAUUACUACAGCGGUGGUGGAGGUGGCUACGGCCAGCAGCAACAGCAAGGUGGUGGCUACGGACAACAACAAGGCUAUGGCCAACAACAACAGGGUUAUCCUCAGCAGCAACAAUACUCUCAAGGAUCCAACUACGGCUCCAACCAGCCCAGCUACGACAACCGUGAUCAAUCCUACGGCCAACACCAAGGCGGACAAUACGGCGGCGGACCCAACCAAUACCCCGACGGCGCAGGUGGUCCCGGCGGUCCGGGUGGCCCGGGAGGUCCGGAUGGAGAGCGCGGACUAGGUGCUACACUUGCAGGAGGCGGUGCAGCCGGCUGGGCCGCUCACACAGCUGGAAGCGGCCUUCUCGGCAGUCUAGCCAGUGCCGCUGCUGGUGCCAUUGGCGCAAACUUCCUCGAGCACAAGUUCAAGAAACACAAGAAGGAGAAGAACAGGAAGCAUCACCGCGACGGACGCCCUCGAGCUUUCACCGGCGAUUCGACUAGCAGCAGUGACUCCGACUCUGGUGAUGAGCGACGUCGACGAAAGGACGAUGACCUAGCCUAUGGAAAGUCUCAGUAUGACAACUCUUCUCGACAUGGACAUGGAGACGGUUCUCAUGGAGGCUCUGGCUCAUAUGGUGGAGGUGGAUAUGGUGGCCGAGAUCAGGGCUACGGCGGAGGUCAAAGCUACGGAGGCCAGGGAUACGGAGGUCAAGGCGGAUACGGCCAGCAGGGCUACGGUGGUACCCGAUACUAAGUGCCCCGCGAUAUGGCACUGGGAAGGAUUCAAGAACGAGACAUGAUCUGUUGUAAUUAAUAUGAGUCGGAAGAAUAUCGACGUUUCACGUUAGACACGAAUACAUAUACCCUACGAUCCU